UUCUGACAUUUGCAAAUGAUCUACAAUAUACACUGUGUUUUCCAGGCAAACAAUGGAAUAAUUGUGAAUAAAUCCCAGAGUGUUUAUGCUGGAGAUGCAGCAGGUCGUCCUGUAAAUUGGGCUCCAGGGAAGAAGAAGAAGGACUUCUCCUGUAGUGACCGGCUGUUUGCUCUGAACAUUGGUAUACAGUUUCACACUCCAGAGGAGUUCUUCCUUGGUUGGAAAGCUGCUCCCUAUGAUUUGCCAUCAUUUGAUCCGAGAGGUUUAGACCCAAAGGGACGUCUGUAUGACCCUCCUACUGCCUCGCUCACUUCUACCUGCCAGGAAAUCAUUGUUGCUGUUGGAUUCCCUGGUUCUGGCAAAUCCACUUUUUUUCAAACCCACAUCAUUCCUAAGGGAUAUGCGUACAUAAACAGGGACACACUGGGGUCAUGGCAGCACUGUGUGUCAGCAUGUGAAUGUGCACUGAAGGAAGGACACAGCGUGGCUGUGGACAACACUAAUCCUGACCUCGAGUCUCGAAAGCGGUAUUUGGAUGUCAGUAAGAGUGCUGGAGUUCCCUGCCGAUGCUUUAACUUCGCUGCCUCUCUGGAACAAGCCAAGCACAAUAACAGGGUGGGCAGAGUCUUCUCUGUCAUGUGGUGUUGCUGCAGGUUACACCACAUGAUUUGCUUGACUUAUUAACCUGCCUGUACAUUUGACUUUAUUAAUGUGGCUUCUACAUUCAGAUUUAUGGUGAAAAGUUAAAAAGUAAACUACAAAUUCGAAACAGUGCUAAAUGAUCAGGGACGUUCUUAAAACAUUUCAGCGAAAUGUUAUUUUUAUGUAUGCUCUCUAUCCCAGUGUAACAUCUUCAGUGGUGCCUCCCACUCUCCACCACCAGAGGGAACCCUUUGGUGAAUCCAGCGGAGUUUUCUCAUCUUCAGGCCCAUUUUACAUACCAGGAAAAACUACUGGCAACAUAUCAUCAGCAGAUAACCCACCUACAGGUCACGAAUGAGAAACUAACUAAUUCUAAGUACUGAGAUCUGAGCUCACCAUGAUGGCACUCCCAGAUAAGUUUGAUGGUUCAUCGGAUAAAGGCCUGGUCACACCACAAGACUGUAACCGCCGGCAGAUCGCGUUGCUGUUCAGAGUACAUGACUUCACUGUAUGUCUUUAUGUCUUUUUGUUCUUUGUUGCGGUGUUCACACUACGCAACGCUUUGUAAAUGAUCCACAAGAGGGGGUCGCACACCCCACGAUCUGACAACAACUCUUGUCACCCAACUCCAUCCCCAAACCACGUUUUGUCACGAAAACACACGCGACAGGUGCAUCCGGAAAUGACGCGAGACUUUCGGUAGAGGUUUGUUUUGAAAAUGGACGUCGGCAGGAGUCUCGCUCUAAAUAAAUGUUAAUUUAUUAAAAUAAAUGUUGUGUCCACAUUAUUUUUGAAGCCAUGUUGCUGCUGCUGCUUUUCUUCCGGUGACCUCAACUCUGUUGACUUGCUCUCUCAUUGGCUGAAGGUUGUAGCUACAAUUGACACCACGUGAUGUCGAGUCGGCCGACCGUCCCAGAUAUUUAACAUGCCAGAUAUAUGGAUUUUGUCUGCGAGGUGUCAGCGAGCCUCUUUGAUGCAUUGUUGAGUAGAUCACACAUAAAGAUUGCCGAGCGCUGAUCACCCACUGAUUUUCCCACGAUCACAGACCAAUCUGUCGGCGAGCUCGUUAAUUUGCAAAUCAGGCUUAAAUUGGUCUUAAAAUCCUGUAGUGUGAACUAGGCUUAAGUGUAGAGAAUUUUCAUGCCAAUUCAGCAUUUAUAUCAUUCGCCACCCUGAAUGUUACUCAAAUGAGGCGAGUACAUAUGCGUCAAUAAUGUCUCUGUCUCUGAUGUUUUCCCUAGAGAGAAGUGGCUUCUUUGCUGCCAUUCUUGACACCAGGCUGUCCUCCAAAAGUCUUCUCCUCACUGUGCGUGCAGAUGCAGUCACACCUGCCUGCUGCCCUUCCUGAGCAAGCACUGGUGGUGCCCCGAUCCCACAGCUGAGUCAACUUUAGGAGACAGUCCUGGCACUUGCUGGACUUAUUUGGCCGCCCUGAAACCUUCUUCACAACAAUUGAACCUCUCUCCUUCAGUUCUUGAUGAUCAGAUAAAUGGUUGACUUGGGUGCAAUCUUACUAGCAGCAAUAUCUUUGCCUGUGAAUCCCUUUUUGUGCAAACCAAUGAUGACUGCACUUGUUUCCUUGCAGGAAACCAUGUUAACCAUUGGUUCUGUAUUAUCAGAUACAUAAUAUCAGAUUAUGUAUCUGAUAAUACACAUCACAUACAGUCAUGUGUCUAAUAAACACAAACAGGUCCUUUGGAGAACAAACUAGAUGCAAGUAGACAAAUUACACAUUCAGUCAACAUACAAAUGGCAUGAAGAGACAGAUGACAGAAACGCAACUUUAGUCUCUGUUGUUUUCAAGAAAUAACUGUCUAUAGGUAAACAUCACAUUUUUUGUCAUUGGAUGGAGGAAACACAGCAUGGACUUGAAACACUUGUGGUUGCUCAUUUGUCUUUCGUUCCUUUGUGUAUGCAUAAUAGUUUUCUAAGACCUCAUGCUACACGUCUCAUCCAUCAUGUUUUAUUAAAGUAUAGUGAAAGUCAUAACGUGCAGUAUGUUCAUGUAGUCUUAAUGAAAUGCGGGAAUUCUGGCUAUUUUUCCUUGACUGCUGGACUGGUCAGUUCUGACUGAGUGAUAAUAGAAGGCAGUGGUUACCAUCAUCAACAUAUCCAGGGAUGUAGAGGGCACCGCUGUGUCUGUAGGGAGGAAACUGAACUUCUGUGUGUUGAUAUUCCACUCUCACUUUUAGACUGUAUUUCCACGUAAUAUUUUAGUUAAAUAUCUGGAAUAGGUGCCGUCACCUUUGAAAGAAUCAGCUCCUGUAAAAAUAUCCAGCAUGGAAAUGGUGCUAUUUAGCAAACGUUGUGUCAUGAAUCAUUUCCACAGUUAUUAGGAUAUAAUGCACUUCUACAUUCUACCAGUAUUACCUGCGCCGUUAUCAAGGAGUUGCAGACUGACCGAUUGUCCUUUAUCUGACUCAAGUGUUGCAGAAACGCUGGCCCCCAGCACAGGGUUAUAAUUCUGAGCGACCUCAGCCAACACCAGCAAAGGUUUGGUGUCAUCACUGGUCUCCUGGAUCAUUCUGACUGUAACUGUGACUGGAUAAACAUCUUCAUGAGCUGCUUGACUAAUUACUAUUAAACUAAUUGCCUGAGCAGCUGUGCCUUCACUGAGGAACAUGUACUUCCAAUCACCUGGCUGCAGGAAAGUUCCUGGAACAGUAAGAGUAAUGGUGUUGGCAAUGUCGGAGGUGUUUCUCUGGUCGUAAACCAAACCACUGGAUGACGCAUCCAAUGAGGAUGAAGAGAACCUGUUGGAGGAGAAGCUCAGGCAGUUGCAGCAGUUUGUACAAAGCACAAGCACACAGCAGUCACCAUCACAGCCCUCUGGCACUGCGCCUUCUGCCUGCUUGAAGAGUCACUGGCAGCAGAUCGGCAAUCUCCUGCUUCACACUGCAACAGGAGUUGCUGGAAGCUCCAAGGUGAGAAUCAGUGAGGAGGCUAUCAGAGUUACUAAAUCUCCAUUUCAUGUUCAACAACUUCUUAAUGACUGUUAUCAGACAUUUGUGCUGACAUUUUUAAUAGUAAUCUGAGAAACUCAAGCGAUUCACAAAGCUCAUAGAUUUUCGGCAAAUACUUAAGCUUGAAUCAGAGUCUUUUUAUGUUGGUUAAUUAGUCCCUCUUAAUCUCUUGUCUGCUUCAAUGCCACUUCCUACGUGAGGAUUAAAACACAAUGCGAUGCAUUUAGAUGUUAUAUGAAAAUAAUCAGUGAUGGUGCGAUGUUUCU